CAGUCACACUCAGCGCAGCUCCUCUUGCCCAGUGAUGCUGCGUGGCGCUGCGCGGCGCAGUCUCAUCAGGACCGAGACGUUCCGUUUUCAUCCCGCGGAAAACGCGCAUUCAUGAUGGGGAAUUAACGGUGAGAGGAUCGAAAAAGGGAGGGACGAGAAGUCCCGUCCGUGAAGGAAGCAAAAGGAGGAGGAGGACUCCAGGAAGCGGUACCGUUGGUACGGGGACGCGGUGGAUGGUCAGUCUGAUGUGGACUCGAGGCGCUUUCCCAGAUAAAACCGUGGAAUUAAAGAACCGGUCCGUUUGUGUUCCGGCCCGUCUAUGAUGCAGUGAGGCGGCUUUACGGUGACAAUGAAGUCCGUGUUUUUCAGCCGCUUCUUCAUCCUCCUCCCCUGGGUCCUGAUAGUCAUCAUCAUGAUCGACAUCGACAGUAAGAGGCCGAUGCGGACUCCUGCAGCCUGGCGGAGCGGUAGGGUGCAGCGGUCCGCCCGGAGCAGCUCCCCGGGGGGGUCAGCUGCUGCUCGGAACCAAUCAGCGCUGCCGAUCAUCUACGCCAUCACUCCGACCUACACUCGGCUGGUGCAGAAGGCCGAGCUGACCCGGCUGGCCCACGCAUUCCGCCAGGUGCCCCGCUUCCACUGGAUCGUGGUAGAGGAUUCUACAACGCGCACGGAGCUGGUCGCGCGCUUCCUGGCCCGGAGCGGAGUACCGUACACUCACCUGCACGUGUUCACCCCCCGCAGGUUUAAACGCACCGGAAUGCCACGCGCCACCGAGCAGCGGAACGCAGCUCUCACGUGGCUCCGGCAGCACCGCAGCAGGCGGGACGCCGGCGUGGUGUUCUUUGCUGAUGACGACAACACCUACAGCCUGGAGCUGUUCGAGGAGAUGCGCAGCACCCAUGGAGUUUCUGUUUGGCCUGUGGGAUUUGUGGGUGGCCGAGCAUAUGAGCGCCCUCUUGUGUCUGGGGGUAAAGUGGUGGGCUGGUACACUGGCUGGAGACCAGACAGGCCAUUCGCCACAGACAUGGCAGGCUUUGCUGUGAAUCUCCAGGUGAUCCUGGUGAAUCCGCGGGCCCAGUUCAAGAGACGCGGCUCCCAGCCAGGCAUGCAGGAAUCUGACUUUCUCAAACAGAUCACCAAGGUGUCUGAGCUGGAGCCCAAAGCCAACAACUGCACACAGGUGCUGGUUUGGCACACGCGCACCGAGAAACCACACCUAGCCAACGAGCCCAAACAUCGGAAGGACACGCUGAUCGUGGAGGUGUGACUGAACUGAGCUGGAGGUGACCAGAACCAUCCUCAUCCUUCACCAUGGACGCAGACUCCAAGUUGCUGCAUGAUUCUCUAAUCCGGACUCUCCAUUUUAAAUACUGGACCAAUUGGAACCAUUAGUUCUUUUGCACCCACAGCUUGCUGGUCUAGAAAUGUAAAAUCUCAUGCUGCUGAAAUGAAAAGUGCCAUACCAGUCAUUUUGAAUCAUUCUUGUGUUUUUUUUAAACGUGGUAGUGAAACCGGCUGUAGCAUAAAGACGACCUGUUACGCAGGUUACUGCUUACUGUU